AUGAUGCAGGUCAUCGCGCCACUCUUCCUGGCCAGCCUGGUUGCUGGCCAUGGUCAUAUCACGAACAUUGUCAUCAAUGGAGUCUCUUACGAGGGAUGGGAUAUUGACUCAUUUCCAUAUGAGUCUGACCCUCCGACUGUGGUAGCGUGGGGUACACCAAACACUGGAAAUGGCUUCAUUUCUCCCGAAUACCUGCUUAUCACCUUACCAGAUGCCUAUGGCACAUCCGAUAUCAUCUGUCAUGAGAAUGCCACAAAUGCCAAAGGCUACGCAACGAUCGCAGCCGGAGACAAAGUCAAUCUCCAAUGGACCGCCUGGCCUGACUCCCACCACGGACCAGUCAUCACCUAUCUUGCCAAUUGUGGAGACUCGUGUGAGACUGUGGACAAAACAACACUCGAGUUCUUCAAGAUCAGCGGAGUGGGUCUGGUCAGCGACACGGAUGUCCCUGGAACCUGGGGUGAUGACCAGUUGAUCGCCAACAACAACAGCUGGCUGGUGGAGAUCCCGCCAACAAUCGAAGCCGGCUACUACGUGCUGAGAAAUGAAAUUAUUGCACUUCACAGUGCGGAAGAGUCAGACGGUGCCCAAAACUACCCCCAAUGCUUUAAUUUGCAUGUCACGGGAUCUGGAACGGAAAGCCCAACUGGUGUUCUGGGAACGGAGUUGUAUAGCUCUACUGACGCCGGUAUUCUGGUCAAUAUUUACGCAUCUCUGUCCACCUAUGAUGUUCCGGGUCCCACCCUCUACAGUGGUGCGGUCUCAGUCACACAAGCUAUUUCCGCCAUCACUUCAACCGGCACUGCCACAGCUGGAUCAGGCGAUAGUGCUCAGACUACAUCCUCGGCUGCUGCUGCUGCUGCUGCUGCCACAAGCGCAUCCACUUCCUCAAGCACAGACACACCCAUCGCUGUGCCAACCACGGCUUCCUCCAGCUCGAGCGCCGAAGUAUCUGCAUCUGAGACAGCAACUCCAGCCCAACAGGAGUCCACUAGUUCGGCCACUGUGCUUGCCACUGCUCCCGCUAGCACCAUCACUACCGCCCCUAGUAGCUCUAGUGUCGCAGCUGCUGGAGGCUCAGUCCAAUCCUUAUACGGCCAAUGUGGAGGUAUCAACUGGACGGGGGCUACUGCAUGUACUACACAGGCCGUCUGCAGUUCGAUGAACCCUUACUACUACCAAUGUGUCGCAAGUGCUGCCUAA